GUAAAUAUAACCUAAAACAUCGAAAUCAAUAUUCUAACGACGGUAUUUAUUAUUUAUUUUUUAAAUUAAUAUAAUGGCUAAAGUAAUUAAAAAAAAGCAAAUAUCGUCUAGGGAAGAACUAGAACAUUUGGAUAAGAAUGAAUUGAUUGCUAAAAUUUUACAAGUAGAAGCUCAUAACUUUCAAUUAAAACAGAUUAUCGAAAAAAAAAAUGGAACUAUGGAUAAUAAAAAUUACACCAAAAGCUCAAAGAAAAAAUUUGAUUUUACAAAAUGCCAUAAGAGACAUAUUCUUUUGAAAUUUUAUUACUUAGGAUGGGAUUAUCAUGGAUUUGCUGUACAGGAAAAUACAACAAAUACAAUAGAAUAUCAUUUAUUUGCAGCUUUAACGAAAAGCUGUUUGAUAGAAAGUAGACAAACAGCAAAUUAUCAUCGUUGUGGUAGAACAGAUAAGGGAGUAAGUGCAUUUUCACAAGUUAUUUCUCUAGAUAUUAGGAGCCGAUUUGAGCCAGAUAAACAAGAUAAUUUGUCAGCUGAAAUAGCAUAUUGUAAAAUUUUAAAUAGACUGCUUCCAAAAAAUAUUCGUUGUAUAUCUUGGUCACCUGUUAGACCUAACAUUUCAGCUAGAUUUGAUUGUAAAUCCAGAACCUAUAAGUACUUUUUUCCUAGAGGGGGUUUAAAUAUUGAAUCAAUGAAUAAAGCUGUUAAGCUAACUAUUGGCAGACAUGAUUUUCGUAAUCUUUGUAAAAUGGAUGUGGCAAAUGGGGUUGUUAGUUUUAAUAGAACUAUAGUUGAUGCUGGAAUAACUUGUAUAUUGAAAGAGCCCAAUGACAAAAAUUCAGGGUAUGAUAUGUGUCAACUAACAAUCAAAAGUAAUGCUUUUUUAUGGCAUCAGAUUCGUUGCAUCAUGGGAAUCUUAUUUCUAAUAGGAAGAGAACAAGAAAAGCCAGAAAUUAUGAAUGACUUGCUGGAUGUUCAAAAUCAUCCUAAAAAACCUCAAUACAACUUAGCUCAUUACAUACCAUUGAAUCUUUUCUAUUGUGAAUAUGAUGAUGCUAACUGGUAUGUGGAUAAAGAAGAAAUUCUCAAAGUUGUUGAAGAUUUACAAGAAGAAUGGACUGAUGUUAAUGUGAAGAGUACUAUGAUUAAAAAUAUGCUGCAAGAUUUGCAAGAGUUGACAGAUGAGAAAAAUACAAAUAUUAAAUACCAAAGUAAUUGUCUUCUCCAAGGAGUUGAAUCUAAAGUAUAUAAGCCACUAUUAGAGCGUGAAACAUGUGAAAGCCUCGAAGAUCGGAUCGAACAUUACGCAAAAAAGAGAAGGCUAGAAAAAAGCAGCUGAUAAUCGGAAAGUUUCCUCUCUGCAUUCGCAUGUGAAAGGUCGUCUACAGACGCUUUCGCCACACGCUGCAUAGGUGUGCGGCGAUGGAAAUUGCGAAAAGCUCGCAGCUAAUCAGUGCCAGACACUGCCUGUACAAAGUUCAAGAGCUUAAGUAUAACGUCUCUGCGUUUUUUACAACGCGAUCUGACUUUCUCCUACGUUUUAUAUAACUAAUUAGUCUUUUCAUUGGACGAUUUGUUAUUUCUGCGUGAGUGUGGGCAGUUUUUGCCGUUUGUUGUUCUUAAUGAAGAUAAUAAGUUUGCAUUAUACACGAGAAUGCAAAAAGAUUGUGUAACAAAAGAUUUUAUUAUUGUCCGAACAUUUUUACGAAAAGUUAUCUAUUGACUAUUUAAGUAAUAUUUGUUUUAUAUAUUCCAUAUUUUUGUAUGUAUUUAAUUGAAUAUUAUUUGAACUAGUGCAAUUCAUUAAUUACUAUUCAAAACAGUCAAGUCAAUUUCGUCCCAAUGAAAUUACGUUCAAUAAAAAUACAUAUGAUAACAAUAAAUAUACAUAAAUGCACAUUAUUUGCAAGUAAUUUAAAAACCGAUGAAAGGUUCUUUAUCGCUCAAUAAAACUUUUAAUACUAGAAUAAAAGUAUAAGUAAAUAUCACCACUGAUUUCGAAGAAGUUGAAAUAUGGUUUUAUCAGUUAUAAACCAGCGGUCAAGUACUUCCUUAUUCAGCUGUUUACACAUUGAAAAAUUAACUCCAUUCUGAUGACAAGUACUCGUUUCUUACAGAUAUGCAUUAGUUAAUUGAAAAUAAGUAAAUGAAAAUCUGUCCUUCGGUAAUCAUAGUGUGUUUGUUUUUGCCUAUACAAACCUAAGCAAGAAAAAUAUACUGUUGAUAAGAAGUUGAAAACGUGCCGCGAAUUGAUUACGUGAAGUCAUUAACGGCAAAUAUCGUUCUUCAGGUAAUUCAUAAAUUAUUCUUAUUUGAAA